UGAUUCUUUGAUUUUGAAAGAUGCUGAGAUGUCAAAUUCUGGGUUAGUGGCGCGGUCACAGGCUGGGCCGGUAUGAUUCGUGUGGAUGGGAGUGUUUACACCUGGAUGGGACUGCCGGGGACUACCACGGUGAACCAGACUUCCUACGAGUACACGUCUACGAAGAGUAUCUUUACCAUGAAUGUUGAAGAUAAGGUGGAGAUGAACAUCACGUUCCUCUCCCCUAUCACGCCCAACGAUUUCAAGCGCCAAUCGCUCGUUUUCUCAUACGUUGAUGUGGAAAUCGGAUCUCUCGAUGGCGCGGCCCAUGAUGUGCAGCUGUAUGCGGACAUCUCAGCGGAAUGGGUAUCUGGGGACCGCACCGCCCCUGCGACAUGGAGCUACGGGGUUACGGACAGCGACGUCGCCUACCACAAAGUCAGCCGCCAGACGCAGCUUGCCUUCUCGGAGGUCAGUGACCAGGGAGAAUGGGGCGAAUGGUUCUGGGCGACGGACAAGACCGAAGGCUACACCUUCCAAUCCGGUGAGGAUGUUGUCGUUCGAGGCGCGUUCUCUGCGAACGGGACGCUGGGCGACACCCAGGAUUCCGACUACCGCGCCAUCUCGACCGAUUGGCCUGUUUUCGCCUUUGCCCAUGACCUCGGGUCUGUGGACUCGUCAGUUGGGGUUCUGUACUCUAUUGGCUUGGCUCAGAACGAUGCUGCUCAAUAUGAAGGGAGUAGCAGCGGUCUUACCAUUCAGCCUUCCCUGUGGACGAGCUAUUUCAGCUCGGGUCCGGAUGCUUUGGACUUCUUCCACAACGACUAUGCCAUUUCCUACGCGCUUUCCACGAAAUUGGAUGACCAAAUUGCGACGGAUUCCAUUGCCGCUGCGGGCCAGGACUACCUGACCAUCACUUCGCUCACCGUCCGUCAAGCUUUCGGCGCAACGCAGCUGUGCGGAACAAUCGACGAUCCCUACCUCUUCAUGAAGGAGAUCUCUUCCGAUGGAAACAUGAACACGGUUGACGUGAUCUUCCCGGCACACCCCAUCUUCCAGUACACCAACCCCGAGCUUCUCAACCUCCUGCUGAAGCCUUUGUUUGAGAUCCAGGAGUCUGGAAACUACCCCAACGCUUGGGCUAUGCACGAUAUCGGGAGCCACUACCCCAAUGCCACAGGCUAUCCUGCUGGCAAUGAUGAGAAAAUGCCGCUUGAGGAGUGUGGAAACAUGGUUAUCAUGGCAUUGGCCUAUGCACAGAAAGCGGGUAACGCAGACUACCUCGAGGAACACUUCACCAUACUCAACCAGUGGACGGGAUAUCUCGUGGAAGAGGCUAUCUACCCGGCCAACCAGAUCUCGACAGAUGACUUCGCAGGCAGCUUAGCUAAUCAAACCAACCUGGCCCUGAAAGGGAUCAUCGGCAUUGAAGCCAUGGCCGUCAUCAGCAAACUGACUGAUCACUCCGAAGACGCAUCCAACUACUCUUCUAUCGCUCACAACUACAUCGACCGGUGGCAGGUCCUGGGUAUCGCGCAGGACGCGAACCCGCCGCACGCGACGCUCGCUUAUGGCUCCAACGACACCCACGGCCUUCUCUACAACCUAUAUGCGGACCGGGAGUUGAACCUGAACCUGGUCCCGCAGUCCGUGUACGACAUGCAGAGCACCUUCUAUCCGACGGUCGAGCUGAAAUUCGGAGUCCCGCUCGACACCCGGCAUAAUUACACCAAGAGUGACUGGCAGAUGUUCACAGCAUCUAUCGCGUCUACCAGCACUCGGGACAUGUUCACCCGGGAUCUCUCCAACUGGAUCAGCGAGACGCCCACCAACUACGCGAUGACCGAUCUCUACGACGCCAUCAGCGGAGACUACCCCUCAAUCACCUUCAUCGCCCGACCAGUCAUGGGCGGCGCCUUCGCCCUCCUCCUGCUCAACCAAACCUAAUCGCCGCCACCCAUCAGCAUUAUAUAUACCCAUCUGCGCGCGUGUAAUAAGCCCACCUCGACUAUCGUUCCAAUCUUGCACAGGUUCUAUUCAUCGAACCACACCCUUCUUUUUCCACUUACCUUCUUACCAUACCUACCCUAUCCUUCAGUUCAGCAUCAGAUGUGCGGGCCACUCGUUCAUAUUUGUAUUUUGUGAGGUUAUUACUACCAUUUUUCCUAAGGGGUGGGACAUUACUACUAAGCUAGAUUGCAUGGCAUGCUUUUCUGUGCCGAACGCCAGACAGCGACG